AUGUCUGAUAAUCCAGUCUGCAUGGUUUGUAACACGCCCGUCGUUGACAGUGAAGAUGCUUGGUUUCUUGGAUGGUUGGAUAACCACUGUAUUUGGCAACAUAAAGCCUGCGAAAAUGAGAAUUUCAUAGGUAGAUAAUUAAGCCGAUUUACGGCUGUUAAUUUUUACUUUACAAGCUGAUGGUAUCUCAGUGUAAUCUUCAGCUGAUGCUUUUAGGGAGGAAAUCCCACAAAGUAGCUUGCAAUUCAUUGGUUUUAUUUCUCUCACAAACACUUUCUCUCAUUUGACUAUUUUUUAUCUGUCAUCCAACUUAGGUCAAGAGAAUGCUAGCCUUGGAGAAACUUCUAUUGAUGAUCCCACGCCAAGUUCCAUCAAUGGUAGGUGUAUGUUAUACAUUUUGUAAGCAGAUGAUUCAACUUAUCCAACCACACACAUGCGAACAAAAAAAAUCGCGUAAAUCUUUAAUAUUUCUCCAAUCUAGAAAGUUAAUGAUGAUUUAUCUAUUGCAGAUUCCCAGGCCGUGGGAUUAUCGUUCAACAUCGUAAGAGAAGGAAGCAAACGCAAGAAAGCAAGGUUGAUUGACAGUCAAGGCUUCACAUAUAACGUGUCAUCCAGGCGGCCCUACGCGACGUAUUGGCAAUUUACCGUCCGUUCAAAGGGAAAUUACUGCAAAGCCUCAGUAAUAUAA